UUCUGUCUGAGCGCUCUCCUCCUAGAAACAGCUAUGGGACAGACUGUCACCACCCCCUUGAGCCUCACGCUUGACCACUGGUCAGACGUGAAAGCACGAGCCAACAGCGAGGGACUCAUGGUCAAGAAGAAGAAAUGGAUCACCCUUUGCGAGGCUGACUGGGUCACGAUGAAUGUAGGAUGGCCUCGCGAGGGAACCUUUAACCUCAGUCUUAUUUCACAGGUGGAGGGAAAAGUCUUCGCUCCAGGUCCCCAUGGCCACCCGGAUCAGGUCCCAUACAUCACCAUAUGGAAACUCCUAGCGACCGUACCCCCCCCAUGGGUUAGGCCAUUUCUCUCCCCUCCAGCGCCCCAGGCCUGCCCCCCGACAGCACCGCCGCCCCCUCUCGCCCCUCCUACCUCCUCCCUUUACCCUAGUCUCCCACUAAAGGAUCUCCCUAAGACCCCUGUCCUUCCCCAGGACCCCAACUCACCCCUUAUUGACCUCUUGACAGAGGACCCACCGCCGUAUCCGGGGAAUCGGGCGCCGGAGAGACUGGCGGCCGUAGCCCCCAUGCCGGCGCCGGAGAGACCGCCCGCUCCCUCCCCAAUUGCUGGUCGCCUACGAGGAAAGCGCGAUGAACCAGCCAAAGUAUCCAGGGCCUUCCCCCUCUGGGAGGGCCCCAAUCACCAGCUUCAAUACUGGCCGUUUUCGGCCUCUGAUCUUUACAACUGGAAGCAGCAUAAUCCUCCUUUCUCUAAGGACCCUGUUGCCUUGACUAACUUGAUUGAGUCCAUUUUAGUGACCCACCAGCCUACGUGGGAUGACUGUCAGCAGUUGCUGCAAACCCUCCUGACAGUGGAGGAGAAGCAGCGAGUCUUUUUAGAAGCUCAGAAGCAGGUUCCUGGAGAGGAUGGAAGACCCACCCAACUGCCUAAUGUUAUUGAUGCAGCCUUUCCCCUCACUCGCCCGAACUGGGACUUCAUGACCCCAGAAGGUAGGGAGCACCUACGUCUCUUUCGCCAGUUGCUCUUAGCGGGUCUCCGGGGGGCUGCUAGGCGCCCCACCAAUUGGGCUCAGGUUAGAAAUGUGGUCCAGGGAAAGGAUGAGACGCCGGCAGCAUUCCUAGAAAGACUUAAAGAGGCCUAUAGGAUGUAUACCCCAUAUGAUCCGGAAGAUCCAGGACAGGCGCCGAGCGUCAUCUUGUCUUUCAUCUAUCAGUCAAGUCCAGAUAUAAGGGCCAAAUUACAGAGACUAGAGGGAUUGAAUUUGUUCAAUUUGUCAGAUUUGUUGAAGGAGUGUCUCAGGGACAGGUCAGAGAGGGAGUUAGGAAGGGAGAGCAAAGAAGGACACCCCUUGACAAAGACCAGUGCGCCUACUGCAAAGCGAGAGGACAUUGGUGACCGCACAGCUUUGGUCCAAGGGGCCAUGGGUAGCAGGAGAUAUCGAUGGACCACCAACAGAAAGGUUCAGCUGGCAUCUGGACAGGUAACCCACUCUUUUCUGCAUAUACCUGAUUGCCCUCACCCAUUAUUGGGCUGAGACCUGUUGACUAAGCUCAAGGCUCAGAUCUAUUUUGAUGACAAGGGGUCAACCGUUAUGGGACCCAAAGGGACCCCCCUACAAGUCCUAGCCCUAAAACUGGAAGAGGAAUACCGCCUCUUUGAAUCCGAGUCCUCUAAGGAGCCAUCAGAAGGGAUACAGGGCUGGUUGAGAGAAUUUCCCUCGGCAUGGGCAGAGACUGGAGGCUUGGGGCUGGCUCGUGACCAACCCCCACUUGUUAUUCAGUUAAAAGCCUCCGCCACUCCUGUUUCAAUCAAACAGUAUCCCAUGUCCCGGGAAGCCCACAAGGGCAUUAAACCACACAUCCAGAGGCUCCUGGACCAGGGGGUACUUGUGCCCUGUCGAUCCCCUUGGAAUACCCCCCUCCUGCCGGUAAAAAAGCCCGGGACAGGGGAUUACAGACCGGUUCAAGACCUGAGGGAGGUUAAUAAACGGGUUAAAGAUAUAUACCCCACGGUGCCAAACCCUUAUAACCUCCUCAGCACUCUUCCACCAACCCAUAUUUGGUAUACGGUACUGGACUUAAAGGAUGCCUUCUUCUGUUUGAGAUUGCAUCCCCAGAGCCAGCUGCUAUUCACUUUUGAAUGGAGAGACCCAGAAAUGGGACUUUCAGGACAGUUGACCUGGACUCGGCUCCCCCAGGGGUUUAAGAACAGCCUGACCCUCUUUGAUGAGGCCCUACAUUCAGACCUGGCCGAGUUCCGGGUCGAGCACCCGGCCUUAAUCUUGCUCCAAUAUGUGGAUGACCUCCUCCUAGCAGCCAGAACCCAAGCUGAAUGUUUGAGAGGCACUCGGGCCCUUUUGACUAAACUGGGACAGAAGGGCUAUCGGGCUUCGGCCAAGAAGGCCCAGAUUUGCCAAAGCAAAGUGCGGGAGUUCCUAGGUACAGCCGGCUACUGCCGCCUCUGGAUCCCAGGUUUUGCUGAGAUGGCUGCCCCUCUAUAUCCUCUCACCAAGCCCGGGGUCAUGUUCCACUGGGGAGAGGAGCAACAGCAGGCCUUUCAACGAAUUAAGAGAACUUUACUCGAGUCACCAGCUCUUGGCCUACCAGAUCUGACUAAGCCCUUUGAACUAUUCGUGGACGAGAACUCAGGCUUUGCAAAAGGAGUGCUGGUACAGAGACUGGGGCCAUGGAAGAGACCUGUAGCUUAUCUAUCCAAGAAAUUGGACCCGGUGGCUGCAGGUUGGCCCCCUUGUCUGCGCAUGGUAGCCGCCAUCUCUGUCUUGCUCAAGGACGCAGGGAAACUGACUUUGGGACAGUCAUUAACUGUGUUAUCCUCCCAUGCGGUGGAAGCUCUGGUCCGGCAGCCUCCAGAUAAAUGGCUCUCAAAUUCCAGGAUGACCCACUACCAGGCUUUGUUGUUAGACACAGACCGAGUGGUGUUCGGACCAGUUGUCUCCCUCAAUCCCGCUACCCUGCUGCCCUUGCCAGACCCAUCAGAGGAGCACAAUUGCCUCCAGAUUCUGGCGGAGGCCCAUGGUACCCGCUCUGACCUAACAGAUCAACCACUGUCGAACCCAGAUUUCAUCUGGUUCACGGAUGGGAGCAGCUUUCUCCAAGAAGGAGAACAGAGGGCCGGAGCAGCAGUCACUACCGCAUCAGAGGUAAUUUGGGCCUCGCCGAUGCCGCCUGGAACAUCGGACCAAAAUGCAGAGCUGGUCGCGCUGACCCAGGCCCUCCGGAUGGCGGAAGCUCAGCAUUAUACACUGUCCCGGGCACCAAAAGGAUGA